AUGAUCGAUGAAGACGAUAUGACCGACGAAGAAGAUAACGCGACUGAUGAAGAUGACCACAAGAAUAAUGAAGAACACGGCAUGAUUGAUGACGACGACACGACUGAUAGGCGAGACGACGCCACGGCAGGACACCAUGACACCAGUCCAACCGCACCCGGGGAUGAUGAGCCAGGACGGCAAGACGAGAGAAACCGGACACACGAGCCGAUUCAACACGACAGCAUCAACGCCGCUGGCAGAAUGGAAUACAAGACCGCAGCUGCACCACCACCGUCCUCCAGAUCAUCUACACACCCAUAG